AUGGCGAAGUGGUCCAGCCUACUGGCGUUGCUGCCCUUGCUCACCGUCAUAAGCUUCCAGGGUUGCGCAGAAGCCUCGACGUCCGUUGGGCUCAGCCCCUCAAUGCAUUCAAGGAUCGGCUCUACGGCGUCUGCAGCGUCCUCAUUAGAAGACGACUCGGACGAUUCCGACUCGAGCGACCUGGAUGUCCAAGCUAGGCAUUCGGUUGCGGAGGUUCAAUCGACCUACCGCAACUGGGUGGGCCCCAUUAUCGGCGCACCAGACCGCGGUGACUCGGCCUGCUACCGGAAGGCGCACAUCAUGAAGACGUGUCCUUGCGGCAUGGAGUGCAUUCGCCAGAACGACGACUGCGGCUUUGAGUAUUACUCCAAGACGGUCAACGUGGUGCAGACUGCGAUCUCUAUUGCCACUAUGGGCCUCUACGGCGAGCUCACAGCUCUGACCAAGACGGUCGUCAACGGCGCGCUGUGCAUCCAAUCCAUGAUCGGCAACGUCAAGAUGUUCAUCAAGUACCUCAGCAUGGUCAAGGUCUACGAUCCGCAGACGCCCUUCGACAAGAUCAUGGGCGUCUUGUACUCGACGAGUUACGCCACGAUCGACUUCCCCGUCACCAUCGCCAUGUGCUUGGGUCUCCCAUACCCGGACGUGCUCAACCCUGCGAGUUGGAUGCUGGACACUGUCCAGCUCCUUCUUGGAGAGAUCCUCGACCACGGAGACAACAUCAUCCGCGGCUGGGACCGAUUCCAGGCCUUCCUGCAUCGCAUCAACUUCACUCAACCGUUGGCGGAGCUGAACGAGACGGACAUUUCGUCCCUCAAGUCUGGAAUGGCCUCCGACUCGACGUGCGGCUUCGAGCUCAAGUGCAUCACCGACCGCACGUGGGUGACUGUGGCCCGAAUGAAGCAGCAGAACCCUGGCAUCUCUCAAGCGGAGCUGCGCAUCGCCAUGUACGAGUCCGACCUCGUGACGCGCGACAUCCCCAUCGUGACCAACAACUGCAUGGAGCAGAUGAUCGCCGAGUCGAGCGAGGCCACCGCCUAUCAGACGCGUGACACGCUGCGCAAGACGCUGGGGGUGAUCGUGGACGACCUCAUCGAGAAGGGCAAAAGCGAUAAUGGUACAUCCUUGACGGCCAAAGAGUAUCUACGCGUCGUGACGGACAAGGUCGCCAUGACGACGUUCGUGCUCUCCAUCAUUGACCCUACGCGCAUCCUAGGUAUUGUGACUGAGUACAUCCAGCCCAUCUGCGGCCCCACGCAGUUCAUCGGAGAGAUUGACGACGGCUCGGACCCGUACACGCUCGGUCUCAAUGCGGUCGGGAAGGCGUUCAAGGGCAGCACUUCGUCGUGGACUCGACAGGGCGACGGCGUUGUCACUGUUAACUUCAACAGUACGGACACGGAAGCUGUCGUUGUGAAUAUUUUCUCCGCGGGCCACAAGAUCGACGAGAAGAGAGUCCCAGCAGGAGGCACCGCCACUUGGACCUCGAAAGGGUAA